UGAAGCCGCUCACAAUUCUAAAAGUAAUGACAAACUCUACCUACCAAGAAAGAAAGGAAAAUGGGAAUUACUAAACACAGAAGACAUCAUUAGUACUGCGAUAUCGAUAUUAGGGUUGGAAAAUUAUGUUGUGCAGAAAGAACAGUAUCGGCAGAUGGAAAUAUUCAAAAAGUGACUGAAACACCCGAAGAAUUCAAGACAUGAUGGAAGAACAACAGAACAAAUAGAUAGACAGAGGUAGAAUUACAUAGCCAAUUCAUGUAACAAACUGAAAAUGUUGUAAAUGAACAACGCUGGCCCUGUCUGACGGACGGAAACAUGAAACAAGAAACCGAAAAAUGAAUUAUAGAUGCUUAAAAAUUGGGACUUUGCUUCAUCGUAACUUUUUAAAAUAAUGCAUCGACCAACUUAUUUUUCCAUUUUUAAAAUUCUUUUGUAUUGGGGCGUGAACACCGGGAUAUCCAAAGAGAGUUUCUUUUGCAGUACCACUGGAAUUUAGCAAAUUGAAAGUGACAAACCGGUUACAACUUCAGCUAGCGUGAAAAGUUUAUUUACAUAUUUUAACAGGUGUCUUUCUUUUCUUGUGGCCGGCCGCCGGUUGAUCGUUUGUAGCUGUGUGGUACAGAUAGCUAACCUGCCGAAAUAUUAUAGGAACAUAAAACAUUGAAGAGAGAAAGCAAUGACUACCAACAACGAUAAUGGAGAUGAUGAAAAGGAAGCUAUUGAUGAUGAAAAGAAGAGAAAUAAUGCAAUGAAGCAAUGGGUGAGACAUUACAUAAAAUUGAGCACGGUAAAAUCAAAUCUUCCAAGUGAUGAUCAAGCACAGGCGAGAAAUAGAAAUGAGCUACAAAAGUUACCAAGUAUUCAAGGAAACGAAAUAGGAGAAACAAAUUCUAAUCUUCCUCCUAUACCUGAUAAUGCUGAUUGUCAGAGCAGUACAUCAGUUUUCUCUACCGAUGCAUUUGGUGAUGUAAAGUUUGUAGGAUAUGGGCAGAAAAUUGCAAAGUUUGUACGUGUGGAUUAUGAAACUCCGAUGGAAACUAUUAUUGAUCUGAUAACAGUUCAAUGGAAUUUACCAUUGCCUAAGUUAUUUAUUUCUGUGACUGGAGGUAGAAAGAGAUUCCAGUUGAAACCACACCGUAAAGAAGCUUUUGGGCAUGGUUUAGUCAAAGCUGCAAGGAGUACAGGUGCCUGGGUCAUAAGUGCAGGUUUACAUGCUGGUGUUGUGAAAUAUAUUGGCAAAGCUAUACAUGACAAUGAAUGCUCACUUAGUGGCAAUAAUAAAGUGGUGACAAUUAGUAUUGCAUUAUGGAACUGUGUACAAAACAAGGAAUCCCUAGAAAAUGAGGAUGGAUCUUGGCCUGCAGAAUAUAACAUGGGAAAGGAACCUCACCAAAACAUGUGUGCUUUGGAUCCUAACCAUUCACAUUUUAUCCUUGUCGAUAAUGGCACAACUGAAAUUUCUAAUGAAGACAUUAAGUUCAGAAAAAUGUUAGAAAAUACUAUUAAAGAAAAGAAAAUCCAAGGGAAUAAUACGGUUAAGAUUCCAGCUGUUGUAGUAAUGGUUGAAGGUGGACCUGGAACUCUGAAGUCAGUUUGUGAUUCAAUAUCACGCAACAUCCCAGUUGUAAUAGUAAAGGGAUCUGGUCGAGCUGCAGACAUCAUGGCUUAUGCUUAUCAAAAAAUGUUUGAAGAUGAAACUUAUAGAUCUCAACUAAAGAAACUGAAAGUUGUUAUAAGAAAACAAAUUACUACAAAAUUUGGUAAAAAUGAACAGGUAGAACCAAUGGUUAAUCUUGUGUUGGAUUCCGUUAAUAAACCAAACCUGAUAACUAUUUUUGAAAUAGAUUCAGCUGAAGAAUUUGAUGUAACAAUCUUGAAGGCUGUGUUCAAAGCAAACAACAAUGAAUUUGAAAAUUUGAGACUUGCAUUGGAGUGGAACAGAAUUGAUAUUGCAAAGAGUGAAAUAUUUACAGACGGGACCUACUGGCCACCUGACAAGUGGGUUUAUCCUAUGUUAUUUGCACUCCGUGAAGAUCGUGUUGAUUUUGUGAAACUUUUCCUGGAAUAUGGAGUUAGCUUGAAAGAAUUAUUAACUGACAAAAAUAUUGAAAACUUGUACAAAAUGGAAAGUAAAGAUAUUAGCAUUAAAGAUGGGGUUCCUUUAUUCCACAAACUCGUGGACGAGUAUGCUCUCUUGCAAAAGAAAGCUGGUAAAGAUAGAUUAUCAGCAAUUUACCAAUCUAAUCUUCCCAUUACAACAAAAUUGUUCCUAUGGGCAUUAUUUUUGAACAGAAAAGAAAUGGCAUUUUUAUUUUUGAAAGGAGACAUGGAGGUAUUGCCAUUGGCUCUAAUUGCAAAUAAAUUGCUGAAAUCUCUGAAAUUAAAAUGUAACGAUUAUGACAAACGGAUCAAAUUUCAAGAACAUGCUGAUCUUUAUGAAGAAUGUGCCAUUGGAGUUUUGACCGAAUGUUACCAUGCAGAUGAAAAACGGACAUUAGAUUUACUGCUGCUACAACGGAAAACUUGGAAUGAUGCUUCAUGCAUGCAAAUAGCGUUUAACGUUAACAAUAAGAAAUUUGUGUCCCAGCCUGCUUGUCAAUCUUUGCUGAGCAAAAUGUGGAUUGGAAGCAUAAGCACAAAUAACAGCACUUUGAAGUUGUUACUUUGUACAUUCUGUCCAUUGUUUAUAUUUCUAAUAAACUUUGAUGAUAAACAGGACUAUAAUGGGAGAAAUAACAAAUUAAACCAGAAGUCAAGAAUAUGUCCAUCAUCUUUGAGCAAAGUGUUAUGCAGAUGUGUGACAUUCUAUUGCACUCCUUUCAUAAAGUUUUUGAACAAUUUGAUAUUUUAUGUAAUUUUCCUUGUCAUCUAUAGCUAUGUGUUACUUGUUGAACUUAAACCUCAGAUGUCUUAUCUAGAAUGGCUUCUUCUUGUGUGGGUGAUUGGAAUAUUUACAGAAGAAAUACACCAGCUAUUAACAAGAAGUUCUAUGUCACUUUGGAUACGAUUUACCAAUUACAUCAAUGACUUUUGGAACAUAGUUGAUGUUAUAACCAUCAGCUUGUUCGUUUUUGGAGUCAUUCUUCGCUUCUUGAAAAUGAUGGAUGCUACUAGAGUGGUUCUCAAUUUAAAUUUGAUUUCCUUCUUCAUCCGUAUUCUCUAUAUGCUUUCAUCUCACAGACAUCUUGGGCCAAAGCUUGUAAUGAUAAAAAAGAUGAUACAAGACCUUGGAUAUUUUAUCGUAAUUCUGCUUGUUUUCAUGAUUGCUUUUGGCAUUUCUACUCAAUCAAUUCUCUAUCCAAGUACACCUGUCUCAUAUGAUUUAUUUAAAGCCGUGUUUAGAAAGGCAUAUUUCCACAUGUAUGGAGAACUUUUUCUUGAAGAAUAUGAAGAAAAUAUCAAAUCAAAUCUUAUUAUGUACAUAGCACCAAUUCUGAUGUGUUUAUAUAUCUUGAUAGUGCAUAUUUUGCUUCUAAAUUUACUUAUUGCUAUGUUUAGCUUUAGUUUUCAAAAGGUGCAGGAAAGGAGUUAUCACCACUGGUCCUUCCAAAGAUAUGAGCUUAUCUAUGAGUUUUCUGUACGUCCCCCUUUGCCUCCACCUUUUAUACUGCUCAGUAACAUUUACCAAUUUUGUCACUAUCUACAUAAGAAAACAAGAAAUGCAUAUCAAAAACGCUCUGUAUUUAGUAAACAAUUUGACGUUAAUAGAAGCAAACAUUUAAUUCUCUGGGAAGAUCAGAUGGUCGACUCUUACAUAUCAAAGAAAGAUAUAUCUGUCAGUGAUAGCUUGUAUGAGAAAGUGAUUUCGUCAUCCAAUAGAAUUGACCAAUUAGCAUUGAAGGUUGAAGAAUUACAACAUAAUGUUGAAGAAAAGAUUGAGGAGGGGCUGCGUGUUCGGAUGGAAAAUGUAAAGAAAAAACUUGAUACAAUUACUGCAUUGUUAAAUAGAAUGCUGGAGCAAACACAUCUCUAACGAAAUAGCUCUUGGAGAAGACUUUCCUGAAUCUAACAAAACAUGUACUUACCAACUUCUGGAGAAUCCUGUCCACUAUAUCACCUCUAUAUAACCAUAUAACUAUAAAAUUACCAUUUAUUGCACUUAACACAUCAAUUAGUUACUAAUAUUAAUAAAACAUAGCAACACAGAAAUAGAUUCUAAA